AUGUCUAGGCUAUGUUGUAAUUCCGUUUAUGUUUAGUUGGAAACUCAACUAUUUUUUGCAAGUGAGACAAAAUAAUUGCGAAAUAAUUGAUUAAUUAUAUUACCAGGUGGUGGUGCAGUGAGUUACCAUUGCAGUGGAGAAGAAUUUAUAGUUAAGAGUGUAGAGAGAUACCCCGCAACCCCACACGGGAUGUUUUAAUAUUGCCACAUGCCAAGUGAGAAUGUAAAUUAUAUUUUCCUUUUACUGACAAGUAAAAAGGCGUAGGCUACAUGGCUAGAUAGAAUCCGAAUAUUCUCCGCAAAGACGAUAGCUACAAGCCCUCCUCUCGCCCGCUUGUGCACAACGGACGCCAAGGUAACACAAUGUACACAGAUACAGGAACGAGAGCAAUUCAUAAUUUUAUAAACCAAGCUGCGGAUCGAAGACCCGCGAAUUAAAGAUGCCCCCAGAAGGAGGGAAGUCAGAUAUGGAGAGGAUUGGAGUCUUCAAGGAAAUGGGAUACAUCUCCAUUGGAGAUAAAUACACCCCUUUUAUUCAGCGUCCCUGCAAUGAGUCUGCUCAGAAGGGUAAACAAAUACUAACUGGUGGGGCCACCAAGAAGAAGUCAGGGUUACAAGUGGGCUACUUUGACACUCACUUUAAGCGGGUCUUUGAGAAAGAAGCCCUCACAGACCCUGUGAGGCUCGCCCGGCAAUACAGGAGUCAGCAGUCCAAGAAGAACAUAGGCAGCGCCUUCCUCCCCAGCAAUGGAGAGAAGAAACCGUCAGGGGUUGGCAGCUACUACGGAACUCUGAGUGGUCCCAUCCAGGCCAUGAGUCCUAUGAAGGUCCCCAGGAAGCCAUGCAAACCAUCAGGCAAGAACAUCCUCACCAACCCACCCAAGAGGGGAAGUGGAUACAGCUAUCCGAAUGUCACCCUGUCCAAAGUUGUCCCUUACUCCUCGGACCCCUAUGACAGAGCAAAUGAGAUGUUGAAGAAAGAGACAGUAAGCCAUAAAGCUAUGCUGAAAGGUGGUGCUUUCCACUUGAACCUCCACCCAAAGGAAUGUUUCGACAACAACCCGUACAAACUGGACAAGCCUCUGCCCCCUCUGAAGAGAUUGGAGGAGAAGAAGAGAUUUGUGGUUCCCUUCAAACCCAGCUCACCGAACAAAACAAUUGGCGGCAUGAAAGCAGGUACAUUUGACAUUUACCCCUCUCACUCUGCUGACCCCUACAUCACCCGGAGAUCCAAAUCUGUGACCGUGAAUAAGGAAGGAAAGGUAUUCCACCCAUCUCCUGGACCAAAGAGCACCCCCGUGAAGAGCAUCAUCAGUGUUAAUGUGAACAGGGCAGUGCACUCUGCAAACUACACCAUGAAUAUACCAUCUGUGAUGGCAUACUGAUGUGAAUACUUGCUAUCUGAGGUUGUACUGAAUUUAUGUUGUUCAAAUAUCAAUAUAUUUUUAUGAUCUUUCACAUUGAUAUUCUAAGUUUUAGAAAAAUCCAGAAUAGCACUAAGGAAUGUUGCUGUCCUGUUGAGUGUGUAAGCUGGAAGCCCCACCAUGAUGCCUGACCUGCACUGAAUGAUUAAUGAGUCUCCAUGGAAACUCCUAACAAAUAGACAACUGGCUCUGUUGGACUUUAUUGACAUAUUAAAGGCAUACUUUGAAAUUCUGA